AUGAGCAGCGAAGGCAGUGCCCGUCGCCCAGAUCCCUUCGUCGCAUCGAAGAGUGAGCCUUCGCCUCAUUCGAGGCCCCGUCGUCGGACGUAUUCGAACGCCACAUACACCCACGCCGGCGCUGGAGCUGAACCAGGCAUCAACCCGCGACGCGACUCCGCAUUCGCCGAGUACGGGCACAUCAAACAGGCCUCGCAAAUCGAGGUCGUCGACUACUCGAACGAGAAGAUAACGAGCUCGGUAUACGACAAUGCAGGGUUCAUCCACGCGCUGCGGGACAAGACGCGGUUCGCGCGGGAGCCGUGGACUACGGUGAGGUGGAUCAAUAUCGGGGGCUUGAGUUGGGAUGUGCUGAGCUCUGUGGCCGUGGCGUAUGAUCUGCACUCCCUGGCGCUUGAGGACGUGCUGCAGGAACAGGGUCACAAUCACUCGAAAGCGGACUACUAUCAGAACCACCUGUUUCUGCGCAUUCUAUGCCACUCUCUCGCUAGCGAUACCGACGAGCACGAUGCGGAUAUCUCAGCUCUACCCGACAACGUAGCCUUUCCACGAACCGCCUCACCCAUCCCUGUCUCUUCAUCGUCAUUCAACUUGGACUAUACAACUGAAGACAACCCAAAAGACGCCGAGAAGCCCUCGAGAUUCAGCUUCUUGACCCGUCGUCGGGGGGAUGUCGAGAAUCGACGAUCGUACUUGAGCCCGCGCGACCUCAAGCACAAGUUCUCUGGCUUGACGGGAUUCCGCGACGCGGCGCGGCAACGUCGGCUAUUGAAACUACAAGCCCUUAAACGGGGGGAUCGCGUGAAUGUUAAGGUCGCUCCGCUGUACAUGUUCCUUUCUCGUGAUGGCACUGUCAUCACUAUGCACCCUACCCCAAACUUGGACUUUACACAACCAAUAACAGCGCGUCUUCACCAGGAUGAUUCGGUUCUCAGGACGUCGAACGACGCUAGUCUUCUCGUCGAGAGUAUCCUUGACUUGGUUGUGGAUCGGGUACUGGAAGUCAUCGACGCGUAUCAGGACAAGAUACACCAGAUUGAGAACGAGAUACUGCUGAAGCCCACUAUGAACACCGUUCGCAGCCUGCACAUCCUAUCCGGCGACCUCAUCCUCCACAAACGCACCUUGGACCCCAUCAAAACCGUUAUCUACGGGCUGCGCAGAUACGAUUUAGAUCGAUGUAUCGCGCUUGCCGACAUGAGUGCCGGCUCGCUGCGUCCGCAGGCGACGUUUCCUCUCCCUAGCCCGGGCUUGUAUUCACCGUCUAAUGGUCAUGACACUCCAGCACUUUCGCGGCACGGCUCUGAAGACUCGCACAAAGCUGAAUGGCAGACACAUUCGGUCCAUAACUUGCAAAUGCCACACCAUAAAUCGGUUCGGGUAGAGGGUUAUAUGAGUUAUAAGGCGAAGACUUACUUGGCAGAUGUUUAUGACCAUAUGGAGUUCGUUCUGACCAGCCUCGACAUGUUUGCGGGGAUAUCUGAGAAUCUCAUCAACUACGCUUUCAAUGCAUGUGCCUUUCCUCUACUUCGGAAAUGA